AUGGGUGCCUCGAGCUCAGAACGAGCUAAACUUCUGGAAGACCCAAAGGGUACCCAAAUCAACACUAAAGAUUUGUUUCUCAAACAAGAAAAAGAAAGAGCUGUAAAUGGAAAUGAAAAUUUAAGUCUGGUGGAUCUUUCGAAAAAAGCUGCGGAAGGAUUCGAGGGUACCCAAGAUGAAUUUGACGAAGAAAAUGAGAUUGAUCCCGAUGAUAUCCAAGAUGACUCUGAUGUAGAAAAUGAGAUUGAUCCCGAUGAUAUCCAAGAUAACUCUGAUGUAGAAAAUGACAGUGAUUCUGAUGAUAUCCAAGAUGAACCCGACGAAGAAGGUGACGAUGAUUCCGAUGAUAUCCAAGAUAACUCUAACGAAGAAGAUGAGAGUGAAUCCGAUGGUUUUCAAAAUGACUUUGCGACUGAACACGUUGUUGGAAAUUCUUUAGAGUCCUCUUUGUCUCAGCUUAAUGAUAUGAUAAAGAAAGCUAAUCCAGGAUUACCAGAAGAGGCCUCUAAAAGAAGUUUUGAAGAUAAGGAUAUGAUCGAUGGGGACAUUAAACUAGACGAAGAGUCUGCUGCGGAACUUGUAGAUUUUUACAAGAGAAAUCCACAGUACCUAAGUCUUGACAGCAAUGUCACAAGUGCCUCUGUUAGCAUUGAACUGUGA